CACACACAAAAAAAAAUGGACAAUUGUAACAUCAGCUAAUCUUCCGACCAAACCACCACCACCACCUUCGACGCCAUCAACCACCGGCAUCCGCGCCAUCUCUUCCUCACAACCACCACUUCCACGACCAUAGUUCAACAUCAGCUGUGUUCUCGGCCGACCAAUGGAAGAAUGUUCGAUCGAUUACAAUCAGAUCUUUCUGUAACAACACUGCAAUAUAACAAUUAAGUUUUCUUUGUACUAGCAACAUUUUUCAUAUUACAUUGUUUCAUAUAUAUUAUCUGUAACAAUAUUUCGUCAUGACAAUUAAAAAAUAUUCACAUCAGACAAUGCUCAAAUGACAAACUACACUAAAGUAACAACAGCUUGUCUUCCGACCAAACCAUCGACGUCACCGUCGCAUCACCAUCGUCAACCAUCGAAAUUCGUAUCCUCCCUUCCACAAAACCACCAACAACCAAACCAUCGGUGCAUCACCAUCGUCAACCACCGAAAUCCGUAUCCUCCCUUCCACAAAACCACCACCUCCAUGUCCACUCUCCGUCAUCAGUCAUAUGUUCAACAGACCGAUAUCCAGUUAAAUUAUAAUCACACCUUUCUACAACGAUCAUCACAAACAACUCUACAGCAAUUUCCAACACAUAAAUCCACAACUUAACAUUUCAGUACGACAAUCGAAUUUCCUUCGUAAUUGACUUUUCGUAUUACAUUACAUCACACGUUCUUCUAUACGAAUGAUAUUUCGAUAUACCAAUCAAAAAAUAUCCAGACAAACGACGUUCGACUACAAUUACCAAACUGCCCCAAGGUCAAUUUUGUCAUUUCACACCCAUGAGUAAACCAUAAAUAUCUCCAUUUUCCACAAAGUUUGACUCAACAGUCAACGCAAACUCCAAUGGGCACCUGUAAUAGCACCUUAUCUUCCGACCAAACCACCGCCGGCGCCGGCUCCGCCGCAUCACCGCCGUCAACCACCGGAAUCCGUAUCCUCCCUUCCACACAACCACCUCCACCACGUCCACUCUCCGGCGUCGGCCGUAUCCUCAACCGUCCACUAGAAGACAUCCGUUCAACCUACAUUUUCGGCGGCGAACUCGGCCGCGGUCAAUUCGGCGUAACCUACUUAGUAACACACGAGAAAACGCGCCUUCAAUACGCGUGUAAAUCAAUCGCUACACGUAAACUGAUCAACAAAGACGACGUCGAUGACGUUCGCCGUGAAGUUCAGAUAAUGCAUCAUCUGACCGGUCAUCGGAACAUAGUCGAGCUUAAAGGAACUUUUGAAGAUAUGCAUCAUGUACAUCUCGUUAUGGAACUUUGUGCUGGAGGUGAGUUAUUUGAUAGGAUUAUUGCGAAAGGGCAUUAUUCGGAACGAGCUGCUGCUGGAGUUUGUCGGGAGAUAGUUACUGUUGUUCAUAAUUGUCAUUCUAUGGGAGUUAUGCAUAGGGAUUUGAAGCCUGAGAAUUUCCUGUUUUUGAGCUCUGAUGAAAGUUCGCCAUUGAAAGCUACUGAUUUUGGAUUAUCAGUGUUUUUUAAACCAGGUGAUGUGUUCAAAGACCUAGUUGGUAGUGCAUAUUAUGUUGCUCCUGAAGUUCUGCGCCGAGAAUAUGGACCUGAAGCUGAUAUUUGGAGUGCUGGAGUUAUUCUAUACAUUCUACUCAGUGGUGUUCCACCAUUUUAUGGAGAGAAUGAUCAGAGUAUCUUUGAUGCCGUUCUUCGAGGUCAUCUUGAUUUUUCAUCUGAUCCUUGGCCUUCAGUAUCGAGUAGUGCUAAAGAUCUUGUGAAGAAAAUGCUGCGAUCUGAUCCUAGAGAAAGGAUUUCUGCAGCUGAAGUCCUAAAUCAUCCAUGGAUGAGAGAAGAUGGUGAUGCGUCUGACAAACCUCUUGACAUUGCUGUCUUAUCUAGAAUGAAACAAUUCCGUGCUAUGAACAAGCUGAAGAAAGUAGCGUUGAAGGUAAUUGCUGAAAAUCUCUCCGAAGAAGAAAUCAUUGGCUUGAAGGAAAUGUUCAAAUCUAUAGACACAGAUAACAGUGGUACAAUUACAUUCGAAGAAUUGAAAGCCGGUCUUACAAAAAUGGGUACAAAGCUUUCUGAGUCAGAAGUCAGGCAGUUGAUGGAAGCGGCUGAUGUUGAUGGAAAUGGAACAAUUGAUUACCUUGAAUUCAUAACAGCUACGAUGCACAUGAAUCGCAUGGAAAGAGAAGAUCACUUGUACAAAGCAUUUGAGUAUUUUGACAAGGAUAAGAGCGGGUAUAUUACGAUGGAAGAAUUGGAGCAUGCCCUGAAAGAAUACAACAUUACUGAUGAGAAAACAAUAAAAGAGAUCAUUGCGGAAGUUGACACAGACAAUGAUGGAAGAAUCAAUUACGAUGAGUUUGCUGCCAUGAUGAGGAAAGGUAAUCCAGAUUUCGUCAACAAUAGGCGUCGCAGAUGAAACACACGAAACUUAUAAAGCAUACCAUUAAAACUCAGUGGAACCACUAAAGAUCCAAUAUUUGGUUCCCUGUUUUCGCUAUCUGGGAUUGUUAGAGUUUUGGCUCUUCAUCCAUAUCGAACAAAAAAAAAUUCGGCUUGUUGCAUUGAGGUUCUGGUUUGGUGCAGGUUGUUUCAUAUACAGAUAUGAAUGGUACAAAUCUGAAGAAAGUUGAUGUAUAGUAUACAAUUGAUAAUGAAGAGAAGUCCAUUUCUUCUCCUUUGUGUGUGCUUUUUCAGCCUUGUGUUCUUGUUGUGGAACAAGUAAUAAUUUUUUGGAGGAAUGUAUUUGUUGUCCAA